ACGACGCAGGUACAGUACAUGUGCGGGUCCUCGGAAGCCAUGAAUCGGGAAGAUCAUUACUACCCUUCCCAGGUUUUUAAAGACUCCUGUGCCUACCAGAGAUCCCAGGCGGAGGACUACAGCCACAGCCCGCCGCCGUGCCUCUACAUGAGCCGGCACUCCGUGUACACUCCGCCGGCCAUGGGAGCCUUGGAGACCGCCAGCCUUCCUGACAUCUCGGCCUCUUACAGUCUCCCCAUGCGGGAAGACCCAGGUGUGCCUCAGCUGCACCACCACCAGCAUCCGGGGCUCCAGCAGCAGCCUCUCCAGCCCGCUGCAGGCUAUGGAGACACGGGGGACCAGAGCAGGUAUCACCUGCCUUUCCCCUGGAUGAAAAGCACCAAGUCUCACUCACACACUUGGAAGGGGCAGUGGGCAGGACCAUACGUGAUGGCGGAAUCUGAGGAAAACAAACGCACGAGGACUGCCUACACGCGCGCCCAGCUGCUGGAGCUCGAGAAGGAGUUCCUGUUCAACAGGUACAUCUCGAGGCCGCGGCGCGUGGAGCUGGCGCUGACCCUCAGCCUCACGGAGAGACACAUCAAGAUCUGGUUCCAGAACCGGCGCAUGAAGUGGAAGAAGGAGGAGGACCGCAGGAGGGGGAGGGGGACCGACCCAGACCAGGACUCUUCUAUCACCUCCGGGGACCAGGGGGAGACGGCGGCGGGUCUCACCUCCACCACCGGACCUCCCCCCACCUCUCCUCCUGUUUCCCCGCUGCACGGUCACUCCCUCCCGGCAGCUGGAGCCAGAGAGACCGCAUAGACUUAACUCAUCCUGCAGGACGUUUUAGUUUGUUUCUAUGGAAACCCAACUGGACUUUCAUCCACUUUUCAGGAAUUCCAAUUUCAGAGGAUUUACAUAUUUAGGAAUACUGAGGAUAAAACCCAAAAGUCUCUUGAGUGAAGUCACUUUAAUUAAGUGCCGACGUUAGACUCAUAUUGCAGGGACAUUUGACUUUGUUUAAAUGGAAGCCCAUCCAGAAAUGGACUUCAGAUCCACGUUCUCAGGUAAUCUGAGUAUUUUGUUUAGGAACAAAGAUUCCUAAUUGAUCGUGCAGACUUUAGAGUUAAGCAAUUUCAAUUAAGUGCCAGUUUUUCAUGAACCUUUAUAACUUCUGUCAGGAGGGACCUUUCUUUCAGUUUUGGAGCACCUUGCAUGCUGAGACAACCACAUCAUGCAGGGACUAUUUCAUAUCCCCACAGUCAUGGAUUCAGUGGCACCUAUAAUAGAAUCAAGCUUUACACCUCAGACAUGGGACUAGUACACUAACUUUAUGGUUGUAUAUAUGCGUAAUAUGACUGUAUUUGCCAUAUUAUCCGCUUGUAUAUAGGUUAUAUAAUGUAAAUUGAUACAUUAGAAUCAAUGGUGCAUAUAUUUUAUUGUUGAAUCCAUUGUACAGUAUGAUUAACACACAUUUGGAAUAAAGCUAUCACAAAGCCUA